GGUAGAUACCCGUGGCCAGGUACAGGCGGAGGCACUGACGACACGGCGGUGGAUGCGCUUUCGGGCUGGGGCUCCUGGGGAGUGAGCGCACGAGUAGCCACCGCCCGCCCGGAGCCGCCCGCGGGCCAGUCUUCCUACGCCGGGGCGGGCAGCCCGUCCGCGCCUCAGCCGCCGCCAGCCUGCCUCAUGGCCACCAGGGUGCUGACCAUGAGCGCCCGACUGGGUCCCGUGCAGCAGCCCGAGGAGCCGGUGUUCGCGCAGCUCAAGCCCGUGCUGGGCGCCAGGGACGCAGCGAUCUUCCCCGGGGAGGACCUGAAGCAGCAGCAGCAGCCGCCGCCGCCUCAGCAGCAGCAGCAGCACCCGGGGGGAGGCGGCGGAGGCGGCGGCGCCGCGACUCUGCCGGCGGAGGAGAUGGUGCAGACGAGAUGUGAAAUGGAGAAAUACCUGGCACCUCAGCUCCCGCCCGUCCCAGUCAUCCCCGAACACAAGAAGUACAGAAGAGACAGUGCCUCGGUUGUAGACCAGUUUUUCACUGACAGUGAAGGGUUGCCUUACAGCAUCAACAUGAACGUCUUCCUCCCUGACAUCAGCCACCUGAGAACUGGCCUGUACAAAUCUCAGCGGCCCUGUGUAACCCACAUCAAGACAGAGCCGGUCACCAUCUUCAGUCACCAGAGCGAAACCACUGCCCCCACCCCUGCCCCUACUCAGGCCCUCCCCGAAUUCACCAGCAUCUUCAGCUCCCACCAAACUCCUGAUGUGAACAACAUUUUUAUCAAGCAGGAGCUUCCUACUCCAGACGUUCAUCUUUCCGUCACGCCCCAGCAAGGCCAGUUGUAUCAGCUCUUGAGCUCGCCGGAUUUAGAGAUGCCCAACGCAACCACUCAGGCAGCCGUGAUGGACUCCCUUAGCAAUGUCUCCAUGCCAUCAGCCAUGGCGGGCCUCAACACGCUUUCCCCGGCUGUCCCACAGACUGCGAUGAAACAGUUCCAGGGCAUCCCCCCCUGCACCUACCCCAUGCCAAACCAGUUUCUGCAGCAGCAGGCCACUUAUUUCCCUCCUUCACCCCCAAGCUCAGAGCCAGGAAGUCCAGACAGACAAGCAGAGAUGCUACAGAAUUUAACCCCUCCUCCAUCGUAUGCCGCGACUAUUGCUUCCAAGCUGGCAAUUCACAAUCCGAAUUUACCAGCGACUUUGCCCAUAACCCCCCAGAACAUCCAACCAGUCAGAUACAACAGGAGAAGUAACCCAGAUUUGGAGAAAAGACGUAUCCACUACUGUGACUAUCCUGGCUGCACGAAAGUUUAUACAAAGUCUUCUCACUUAAAAGCGCACCUGAGGACUCACACAGGUGAGAAGCCGUACAAGUGCACGUGGGAAGGCUGCGACUGGAGAUUCGCUCGCUCGGACGAAUUGACGCGCCACUACAGGAAGCACACGGGGGCAAAGCCCUUCCAGUGCGCCGUCUGCAACCGCAGCUUCUCCCGCUCCGACCACCUGGCUCUCCACAUGAAGAGGCAUCAGAACUAAAAAACAAACAAACAAACACCCCAAAAAAAUGCCGGACUGGUCGUCAAGGCUGUUUUGUAUCUAUGCAAUUUCCUAUUGACUCUCGACAUACAACUGAAAUGAGUUUAAUUUUUGAGUAUGGGUUAUCCGUUUGAAAGAAAUCUCAAAAGAAACUGGAAAUGUAUAUUUUGUAUAUUUAUGCAGAAAAAAAAAAACAAAAAAGGGAAGACACUGUAUCUCAAUACCAGAGCGUUCGGUCGUUUGUUUGCUCUCAUGAUGUAUAUGGCUUUAGUCAGCAGGUUUCAUCUCUUUACAAGUAUUAUGUCUUGACACAUUGCAGCUUUAUACAUUUUUUUUUUCUCUUGCGGUGUUUUGACCAAAGCACUGUCAUUAUUGUGACAGUGUUUAGUAAACAAAUUAAUGAGAGGCUGCAGAUGAAUGAACGCAGUGGAAAAGCCAUGAAUGGUAAUCUGUCAGGUUUUUACUGGACAUAUUUAGUACUCUUGUUUUUGUUUUUUUUUUUUAAAUGUUAAGUCAUUCUGUGCAGAUAAAAUACAUAGAAAAAUUCAUAAACAGCCAUAGAACAAAACGUUUUGUUCUGUAUGUUGCGUGUUUGCUAUGACAAAGAUUUUGUAAAUAUGCAAAUCAGCUUUUUAGGUUUAAUACAAAAGUUUUCUAAGAAUCAUCUGAAAAAACCAAUUGUUUUACAUUUGAUAAGGCGGCACAUUUACAAAAAACGUUAUUUAAAUACCUCUCAAAACAGUACCAACUUAGUGUGAUUUUUCUUAACAGAAGUGAGCUAAGCAUUCAGACGUUUUGGACCUGUUGACUCAAACGGUGCGCACUGAGUAUUCAAAGCAGGAAUUCGUUUCCAAGUUGCUCAAAAGUGCAAAAGCAGUUAGAAUGAACCAUAAAGUCAAUGUUGGAAGCUUAAAUGACGGGGAUAGUUACAAAGGACACAGAAUGUUAAACCUCUUACUAUAAGCUAAACUUAGUAUCACUUUAAAAAGAAGGAUUUAGGAUGCAAUUUUCAUAUACAGACAUGUUAAGCUGGGUCAGCACCAGUAUGAUCUAGUUUCAUGUGGAUAUUGUGUGUAAUUUACUAGAAGGUAAAGGAUACAGCAAUUUUGUUCAAAAUUACAGUGCAGUUUAGUUAAUCCACUGCUCAGAUUGACACAGGCAGGGGAAAAUUUACUGCUGACAUAAGUAGCUGAAACUGCACUGAAGUCAAUGAAGUGAUGCCCUGUUAUGCUUACAAUGACUUUGAUCCACAGUGUUCAGCCUCGGAAUAGUAGAGGAAGGGCCAAAGAUGAGGUUAGACCGUGUAGGAUUUGGCCAGACAACAGGAAGAAGCCAAACAAACAUAGUAAGUGUCUGCACUUCACAAGCCGUAAUAUUAAGCUGUCAACCAAAGGCUAAAAUAGACAAUCAAAAUACCAAAAAAGGGUCUUGCAGGAAAACCUAGCGUUGUUAAAACUGUUGUUUGUCUUUAUUUAUUUGUGGUAUAUGAUAGACUCUUUUUUUUUUUUUUUUAAGACAAUUUUACAUUUACUUGAUAAAUUAUAGUUUUGUUUGUUAUAGUUAGAAAUGUUGCUCUUAAUGUAAAUAGUUGACAAACGAUGUAAAUAAUUUUGUAAGGCUUCAAAUGUUUAUACGUGGAAACACAUGCAUAAAGUGGUUGCUGUUUUGCUUCUUUUGCCUCCCCCUACCUUAUUUUUGUAUUGUGGUAUUUCCUAUGCAACUGACGGAGCAAACAGCUGUAUAGUUGUAGAAUGUUUUGAGAGAGAAUGAAAUGGUUUAUAUAUAAAGACUCCUUUUUUUUUUGCAAAAUAAAACAAAGUGCCUAA